AAGGAAAUGUGGAAAUGAAAAGCACUCACAGAACAGUUAUUUUGGCAGUUGGAGAAUGGUGUACAUUCUGGAUUAUAUUAAAUUUAGGAUCUUCUGUGUUUUGGUGACAGUUCACAAGGCAGGACCUGUUGGUGCUUUUUACCGAAUGGAAAGAUUUCUCUGGCAAUGAUAAAUGGCUAGGGUCAUCCUUGGCUAAUUUGGAGACACUCUAACAAGAACAGUUUCACUAUUAGCUAACAUUCAUUGAACACUUGCCAAAUCCGAGGCACUGAGCUACAUUCUUUACUUCUGUAUGGACAUUGUCCAUGGGGAUCUUGUAUCAGAUGAGGUGGAUAAAGCUCAGAUCCCUGCUCAUCUUCCCAUAGGGCCGGCCUCGUCAGACUGAGGUUUCCGUGCCUACUGACAGAGGUGGGCGGCUGCGACUGAUGAACCUGCUUUCACACUGAGGGUCCAGAGUGGAAGGAGAUGCCCCUAGAUGAUAGACUUCUGUAGAAUCCGUAUCCUCGGAUCUCCUGCCUGCACCUUCUUCACCUGCUGUUCAGAAUCCCCAAGCAGGGCAUAAGUUCUGUCCCUGUCUUGUGCAUGUUAGUUUCCAUCCAUAUCCUCAGCACAGGAUUCAGACAUCAGCAUGAAUCGUAUCCUGUUAACCUUGCUGAUGGUGACUGGUGGUGUUUCAUUUGUUAGUGAAGACAUAGAAGGGUUAAAUCACCUUCUCUACUUAUUUUACCUGAAUUCCAGUUAUCGGUCCUGUGUGGGGACUCUGAUUGCCCCUCAGUGGGUGUUGACGGCUGCACACUGCUUCUUACCAGAUCUUUGGGUCAUCUUUCAUGAUAGUUCCGCAAAUCUUCGAGACUUUCAUGGGGAGAUUUUACCUUAUGAGAAGAUCAUUGUUCACCCAAACUUCACUGCCACCUCUCCUAAAAAUGACCUCAUGCUGAUAAAGUUGUCUGUACCUUUCACUUUCUUCUCCACCAAUAUGUUUCAGUUGCCUACUCUCAAGAAUGCAGUUAAAGAUUGCUUGAUUCACACCUGGUUACAGACUAAAGACUUUAUUGGAAAUUCACAUAGUAAGCUGCAAAGUGUCACGGCUCAAUUGAACUUUAAUGUAAACUGCAAAAAAAUACUGGGUGAAAAACUCCUUGAAGACAUGUUCUGUAUGGGACCCACGCUAGGAAGUCAGGAUCACUGCCAGGUCUUCUUACUUGGUGUGCUUCUAAGUUUUGAUGGGGCAGAUUUUCCAGCAUCCCUCUAACAGAGAACUCAUAAAAGGAGCACCUGCUUAUUUAUAUGAAUACAUUUCUCUAACUGGAAGAUAUGUGUGUUCCAUGGUUCAUAUCUUUUGUCAUUCAUGCCUGCCCUCAUGGACUGUAUUCCCCAAUGAAUAGCCGAUAAGUCCUUGGCCUCUUGAGGAAACCAAGCUAAGAAAUACUGCGCAUAACUGAAUGAGAAAAUAUAUCGAGCAUAAAUGGAAUAUAUUUCUCAUGGUUAGAGAAGAAAACUAAAGUAGACUGUGUAUUACUGGAUUGGAACUGGAGCAUUUGAAUGUUACGGUCAGAGUUCCAACAACGAGGGAAAAGCCAAGAGAAUCGCAAAGCUGUCACCCUGAAUUUUUUGAGUACUUGGAACCACACCAGCAACUACUCUGCUCCAGGCUUCUCAUUCUGUGAGAAAGAUGGCAAGAAAGAAGUUGAAAUAUUUCACGAGUUUGGAGCUUAUGCUCAGUGUUCUUCUGCUUGUGGUGUUUAUCAUCACUAUUCCUCUGUUCGUGCUUUCAGCCAUGGAUUCUUCAGAAUCUAAAGAUCCUGGGACGAGUACCACUCCGGGUUCUGCUGAGUGCCCAGUGGUCAGUGAAGUGGAACGGAUAAACUGCAUCCCUGACCAGCCACCAACAAAGGCCACAUGUGAUCAGCGUGGGUGCUGCUGGAGACCGCAGGGGACUAUAAGUGUGCCCUGGUGCUACUAUUCUAAAAGCCAUGGUUAUCAAAUGGAGGGUGACCUUGUAAAAACAAAUGCAGGAUUCACAGCCCAGUUGGACAGGUUGCCUUCUCCAUCCCUGUUUGGAAAUGAUGUCAACAGUGUCCUUCUCACAGCAGAAUACCAGACAGCCAACCGUUUCCACUUUAAGUUGACCGACCAGAGCAAGGACAGGUAUGAAGUGCCCCAUGAACAUGUGCAACCAUUCAAAGGAAAUGCUGCUUCUCCUUUGACCUAUGAGGUUGUUGUCUCCAAACAGCCAUUUAGCAUCAAAGUGAUCAGAAGAAGCAAUAAUCGUGUCCUGUUGGACUCGAGCAUCGGACCCCUCCUGUUUGCUGAUCAGUUCCUGCAGUUCUCCACCCGACUGCCCAGUCCUAAUGUGUAUGGUCUGGGAGAACAUGUGCACCGACAGUACCGGCAUGACAUGAAUUGGAAGACCUGGUCCAUGUUUGCCAGGGACACAAUCCCCAAUGGGGAUGGAACUAACUUGUAUGGCACACAGACAUUCUUCCUGUGUCUUGAAGAUGCCAGCGGAUUGUCCUUUGGACUGUUUCUGAUGAAUAGCAAUGCCAUGGAGGUUACCCUCCAGCCCGCCCCAGCUGUCACUUACCGCACCAUUGGAGGCAUCCUCGACUUCUAUGUGUUUUUGGGAAAUACUCCAGAGCAAGUUGUUCAAGAAUAUCUAGAGCUCAUUGGACGGCCAGCCCUUCCCUCAUACUGGGCACUUGGAUUUCAUCUCAGUCGGUAUGAUUAUGGAACCCUACAGAACAUGAGAGAAGUCGUGGAGAGAAACCGUGCCGCACAGCUCCCUUAUGAUGUUCAGCAUGCUGAUAUUGAUUAUAUGGACGAGAGGAAGGACUUCACUUAUGACCCAGUAAAUUUUAAAGGCUUCCCUGAGUUUGUUAAGGAGUUACACAAUAACGGACAGAAAUUGGUCGUCAUUGUGGAUCCAGCCAUCUCCAACAACUCUUCCCCAAGCAACCCCUAUGGCCCGUAUGACAGGGGUUCAGAUGCGAAGAUAUGGGUGAAUGUUUCAGAUGGGGUGACUCCGCUCAUUGGGGAGGUCUGGCCUGGAAAAACUGUGUUUCCUGAUUAUACCAACCCCAACUGUGCUGUUUGGUGGGCAAAGGAAUUUGAGCUUUUCUACAAGCAAGUGGAGUUUGACGGAAUCUGGAUUGAUAUGAAUGAAGUUUCCAACUUCGUUGAUGGUUCUGUUUCAGGAUGUUCCACGAGCAACCUAAAUUACCCCCCAUUCACUCCCAGAAUCCUGGAUGGGUACCUGUUCUGCAGGAGCCUCUGCAUGGAUGCUGUGCAGCACUGGGGCAAGCAGUACGAUGUCCACAAUCUGUACGGCUACUCCAUGGCGAUUGCCACCACGCAAGCUGUCAAGACUGUGUUCCCUAAUAAGAGAAGCUUCAUUAUAACCCGUUCGACCUUUGCGGGAUCUGGCAAGUUUGCAGCCCAUUGGUUAGGAGACAACGCAGCCACCUGGAAUGAUCUCCGGUGGUCUAUCCCUGGCAUGCUCGAGUUCAACCUUUUUGGUAUCCCAAUGGUCGGUGCUGACAUAUGUGGCUUUGCAUUGGAUGCCUCUGAGGAACUCUGCAGGCGGUGGAUGCAGCUGGGAGCAUUUUAUCCAUUUUCCAGGAAUCACAAUGGCCAAGGCUACAAGGCCCAGGAUCCUGCCUCCUUUGGAGCUACCUCCCUGCUGCUGAAUUCCUCCAGGCACUACCUUACCAUCCGCUACACCCUGUUACCCUACCUCUAUACCCUCUUCUAUUGGGCCCACAGCCGGGGGGACACAGUGGCCAGGCCCCUUCUGCAUGAGUUCUACAGGGACAGCAACACGUGGGAUGUACACCAACAGUUUUUAUGGGGACCUGGCCUCCUUAUCACUCCAGUUCUGGAAGAGGGUGCAGAGAAAGUGAUGGCUUAUAUGCCUGAUGCCAUCUGGUAUGAUUACGAGACUGGGGCCCGAACGAGAUGGAGGAAGCAAAGAGUGGAGAUGGAACUUCCUGGAGACAAAAUCGGACUCCACCUUCGCGGAGGUCAUGUAUUCCCCACACAACAGCCCGCCACCACCACUGUGGUCAGUCGACGGAACCCUCUUGGUCUCAUCAUCGCCCUAGAUGAGAACAAAGAAGCCAAAGGCGAACUUUUCUGGGAUGAUGGGGAAACUAAAGAUACUGUGGCCAGUAAAAUCUAUCUCUUAUGUGAGUUUUCUGUCACCCAAAACCGCUUGGAUGUGAAGAUUUUGCAGUCAACCUACAAAGACCCCAAUAAUUUAGUAUUUAAAGAGAUUAAAAUUCUUGGGAUCCAGGAGCCUAACAAUGUUAUAGUGAAACACAAUGGUGUCCCAAGUCAGAUUUCUCCUAAUGUCACUUAUGAUUCUAACCUACAGGUCGCCCUUAUCACGGAAAUUGAUCUUGUCCUGGGAGAAGCAUACACAGUGGAGUGGGGCCUGAAGAUAAGGGAUGCAGAAAAAAUAGACUGUUAUCCCGAUGAGAGUGGUGCUUCUGCAGAAAACUGUACUGCCCGUGGCUGUGCCUGGGAGGCACCUAGCUCUCCUGGGGUCCCAUUUUGUUAUUUUGUCAAUGACCUGUACUCUGUCGGCGACAUUCAGUACGACUCACGUGGUGCCACUGCUACCGUCUCAUUAAAGUCUUCUUUAUAUGCCUCCGCUCUGCCCUCGGUACCCGUGACCUCCCUCCGUGUGCAAGUGACCUACCAUAAGAACGACAUGGUGCAGUUUAAGAUUUAUGAUCCUAACAACAAUCGGUAUGAAGUCCCGGUGCCUCUCAACAUACCCAGGGUUCCAUCCAGCACCACAGAGGGUCAGCUGUAUGAUGUCCUCAUCAAGAAGAAUCCAUUUGGGAUUGAAAUUCGCCGGAAGAGUACGGGCUCUGUAAUUUGGGACUCUCAGCUCCUUGGCUUUACCUUCAAUGACAUGUUCAUCCGCAUCUCCACUCGCCUUCCCUCCCAAUACGUCUAUGGCUUUGGGGAAACUGAGCACACAGCCUUUCGGAGAGACUUGAACUGGCACACGUGGGGGAUGUUCUCCCGAGACCAACCCCCGGGGUACAAGAAGAAUUCCUAUGGCGUCCACCCCUACUACAUGGCACUGGAGCAGGAUGGCAGUGCCCAUGGAGUGCUCCUGCUAAACAGCAACGCCAUGGAUGUGACAUUCCAGCCCCUGCCCGCCUUGACGUACCGCACCAUAGGGGGAAUUCUGGACUUUUACGUGUUCUUGGGGCCAACUCCCGAGCUUGUCACUCAGCAGUAUACUGAGUUGAUCGGUCGGCCAGUGAUGGUUCCUUACUGGGCCUUGGGAUUUCAGCUGUGUCGCUAUGGAUACCAGAAUGACUCUGAGAUUGCCAGCUUGUAUGAUGAGAUGGUGGCUGCCCAGAUUCCUUAUGACGUUCAGUACUCAGACAUCGACUACAUGGAGCGGCAGCUGGACUUCACCCUCAGCCCCAAGUUUGCAGGAUUUCCAGCUCUGAUCACUCGCAUGAAGGCCGACGGGAUGCGGGUCAUCCUUAUUCUGGACCCAGCCAUUUCUGGGAACGAGACACAGCCCUAUCCUGCAUUCACCCGGGGUGUGGAGGAUGAUGUCUUCAUCAAAGCUCCAAAUGGUGGCGGCAUUGUCUGGGGAAAGGUGUGGCCUGAUUUCCCUAAUGUCGUUGUAAACGGGUCUCUAGACUGGGAGAGUCAAGUGGAGCAAUACCGAGCUUAUGUGGCCUUCCCAGACUUUUUCCGUAAUUCAACUGCCACAUGGUGGAAGAGGGAGAUGCGAGAACUAUAUACCAAUCCACGGGAUCCAGAGAAGAGCUUGAAGUUUGAUGGCAUAUGGAUUGAUAUGAACGAGCCAGCGAGUUUUGUGAAUGGAGCAGUGCCCCCAGGCUGCAGGGAUGCCACUCUGAACCACCCUCCCUAUAUGCCAUAUUUGGAGUCCAGGGAUAUGGGCCUUAGCAGCAAGACCCUGUGCAUGGAGAGUCAGCAGAUCCUGCCAGACGGCUCACGGGUGCGACACUAUGACGUGCACAGCCUGUACGGAUGGGCCCAGACCAGACCCACCUACGAAGCUGUGCAGGAGGUGACGGGACAGAGAGGGAUCGUCAUCACCCGCUCCACAUUCCCCUCUUCUGGCCGCUGGGGAGGUCACUGGCUGGGAGACAACACAGCUGCCUGGGACCAGCUGAAGAAGUCUAUCAUUGGCAUGUUGGAGUUCAGCCUCUUUGGCAUAUCUUAUACAGGAGCAGAUAUUUGUGGAUUCUUUCAAGAUGCUGAAUAUGAGAUGUGUGCUCGCUGGAUGCAACUGGGGGCCUUUUACCCCUUCUCGAGGAACCACAACACCAUUGGGACCAGGAGGCAAGACCCUGUGUCCUGGGAUGCAACCUUUGUGAAUAUCUCCAGAAGUGUCCUGAAGACCAGAUAUACCCUGUUGCCAUAUCUCUACACCCUGAUGCACAUGGCCCACACGGAGGGCAGCACUGUCGUCCGGCCUCUUCUCCAUGAGUUCGUGUCAGACCGGGUGACCUGGGAUGUGGACCGUCAGUUUCUGCUGGGCCCAGCCUUCCUGGUCAGCCCUGUCCUGGAGGCUAAUGCCCGAAACGUCACUGCAUAUUUCCCCAGAGCCCGCUGGUAUGAUUACUACACGGGUGUGGACAUCAAAGCAAGGGGAGAAUGGAAGGCCUUGCUGGCCCCUCUUGACCACAUUAAUCUACACGUCCGUGGGGGCUUCAUCCUGCCCUGGCAACAGCCUGCACAGAACACCCACUUAAGCCGUCAGAAAUUCAUUGGCUUCAAGGUUGCCUUGGAUGAUGAGGGGACUGCUAAAGGUUGGCUCUUCUGGGAUGAUGGGCAAAGCAUUGAUACCUAUGGAAAAGGACUCUAUUACCUGGCCAACUUUUCUGCCAGCCAAAAUACGAUGCAGAGUCAUAUAAUUUUCAACAAAUAUAUCACCGAUACAAACCCUUUGAAACUGGGCUACGUGGAGAUCUGGGGAGUGGGCAGCGUCUCCAUUUCCAGUGUCAGCAUCUCUGCGAGCGGCAUGGUGAUCACACCCACCUUCACUUAUAACCCUGCAUCACAGGUGUUAAGCGUUGAUAUGACCAGCACAGACAUCAGCCUCCAUAAGUUCGUCUCACUGACGUGGAGAAGCACUCUGAAUUUUUAGAGCAAGAUACUGAUGAACAGCUUUGAAACUACUUACACUUCAUGCUCAUAAAAUUAUUGCGUGGUGUUAAUUGGCUCAUGCCCAGUACGGGUAAAGUAUUUUAUUAAUUUUGUGACG